GCCACACAAAGUUGCAGAGCAUCCUUUAGUCCCCGCCUGCCUCUCUGUCUGACACCUCUCCUACCUGCCCGCUCUUCAUCCGCUGCAUCUCCUCCACUUCUCUCCAGUCUUCCGAGACUUCUACAGCUUAGCAGCAUUCAACCCCGAUAAAGAGGAGCGGCUCGACGCGUUUGAAAAAGAUGUUGGCUUGCGCCGAGAUGAUCACUAUGUGCCUGCAGUCGGCCAAACAGAAGCAUCUUCUGGCUCAGCAGCAGCAGCAGAAGCAGCAGCAGCCGCCGCUGCACAGCUCCGGACAGGGGCUUACUAUCUUUCAUGAUAUUUUCCGCAGAGCAGACAAAAAUGACGAUGGCAAGCUGUCAUUUGACGAGUUCAAUGCCUACUUUGCUGAUGGGAUCCUGACAACUGAAGAGCUACAGGAGCUGUUUUAUUCCAUAGAUGGACGGCAGAAUAACAAUCUGGACACUGACAAGCUAUCAGAGUAUUUUUCUGAGCACCUUGGAGAAUAUCUUAAUGUUCUUUCAGCCCUGGAAAGUCUGAAUAUUGCCAUUUUAAAAGCAAUGGAUAAAACUAAAGAGGAUUACCAAGGUGCCAGUGUGUUGGGUCAGUUUGUCACCAGGUUCAUGCUAAGAGAGACAUCCAGUCAGCUGUUGUCUCUACAGAGGUCCCUUCAGUGUGCCAUGGAGGCUGUAGAGGAGCAGAGCAACCCUGCGCCAAGAGAGGUAACGGCUCCUGAGCUGACAGCAGUACAGAAAAAUGGCAGGCGGUGUGGUCGCAAGGUCCAUAACAACCUGUGCGUAUCUUCAUCAGCUCCCUGCUCUGGGAUGCCGACCACAGGCAUCAAUGUAGAAGAUGAAGAGAACUGGUGCUCUCAGAUCAACCGACUGCAGCAACUUUUGGAUAAACUGGAGUGUCAGGGACCCAAGUUGGAGCCGCUGAAGGAGGAUACACUGGCCAGCACAUAUAAGUCUAACAUCCUGCUGGUUCAGAGGCAGAUGUCCGUGAUUGAUGACGAACUAGAUAACUUCCGGAAAGUUCUCAACAGUUACGUCGAUGCCACUUUAGCCCACUCUGACAACUUGCAUGUGUCUGUUCAGAAGCUCCCAGGAAAGUCGAGUUACAUAAUGUAUGAGUUCUGGCAAGACCGCAUCUCCUGGAUGAGCUACCUUCAGUCCAACAGCAGCAAAGAUUUCCAACGCUGCAUCAUUGACAUGAUGGAAGAUGCUGAGAUAGUUUCUACCAUGUUGCUGCCAGCUUCCUGGUGGAUUAUGACUAACAACUAAUGACUGAAUUUCUGAAUCUGGAAUGUCACAUCGACUGCCUACAUGGUCACACAGAGAAAGACACACUGGCACAUCAAGCCCACCUACCCACAUGCACUCUAUCACACACACACACACACACACACACACACAGAGCAAAAGCUUCUUUGUGUUUUAAAGCAAAAGCAAAAAAAAAAAAAAAAAAAGCCUUAUCCACCCAUUUUCUGCUGCUUUCUCUAAUGUUUCAGUCUUCAGCUGUUCAUUUUUUUGCCACUUACAUCCAAAGGCAUGGUUGCAUUCUAUAGCCUGUAAACUCAAAAAGUAACUGUUUUUAGCAACAGAAAGCCAUUUAAUGAUUUCAUAACCCUUUCUCCCUUGCGGUAUGGCCAGUGUUUGCCUGAUAUAUUAUGCCAAUCAAGAACAACCAACACAACACAAGGAUAGAUGGAACAGCCCUAUUUGGAAUGAAAAUAACAAUUCUUGCAGUGUUAUGUGUUUACAAAGAUCUUAUUAGCAGGGGUAAACACAAAUGUAACGGAAAACUAGAGGAUAUGUGGAGAUAAAGGAAGCUGCAUCUUAAACAUGCAUGUUGAUGCGGCUUCAUCACUCUGUAAAUGAUGUAAGAUAGUGUCGCUCUGUUUGUUGCUUCUAUUUAUCUAACCUGCUGUUAUGAGCACAGAAUGCCAUAGGAGCUGUUAAUAUAGCUGCACCAGCCCUCUAUCUACUCCUAAAUAUACUAGUGUUCAGGUAUUCUAUUAGUUAAUCUUCACAUUCUAUAUCUUAAAAUGUAAAAAUAUAUUGAAAAAUGUGCAUAUGAAAGAGAUGAAAUUCUGAGAUUUCAUUGUACUAAGUUGAAUAAAGAGAGAAAUAUAUAAUGUCUUUAUUUUGGUCAUGAUGGACCUUACUGUAUCUGUAUAUGCAGACUUCUUGAACAGUACUGUAAGAUUCCCCUUUCUUUCGGUUUUGAAAUCUACACAAUGAAAUGACUGAAAUGCAAAUUUAAUAAAACUAUUAAAGUUUCAAAAUGUUUGUUCUGAAAAAAAUA